UGCAAGAAUUUCUUCACCUUGUACAGUACAAUUUCACUCAUAUACACAACAUGGCAGCCAAGGGCAUCAUCCAUUACCCGUGGGACAAUGAACCCACGAGCGUCAAUAGCAAUGGCCACCGCCGCGCAACGUGGGGUUUCAACGACUGUGUGAAAUUGCAAUGGAACUCGUCGUCCGACUCGCCAUUCCAAUGGCUGCAUCUGGAGUGCAACGAAGGGCCUGACGGCACGAAUCCUCCAUGGGAUCGCGUCUGGGCCAACAAUUCUACGGCGCCCUCGGGCAAUGGCUCUAGCAUCUUCUGCCUGGCCAACUCGAACCCGACGCCGCCUCUCAUCAAUACCUGCCGAUUUGUGCUCGAGCUCGGCGCUAACCCGGAGGCUUCUACGACAUUUACGGCCUUUUCGCCAGGCGUCAGUUUGGAUGUUGGCAACAGGAAAAAGGCUGGCUCUACUUACCCGAUAGAGUCUACGUCGUCUAUGUCGUCUACGUCUAGAAGCUCCUCGGCUACGGCGACGUCUACCAACCGUGGUAGCAGCACUGUCGCUAGCUCAGCAACCAGUAUCCCAGCUAGCGCGCAAACAGGCUCAGGCGGUUCAACGUCACCUGGGAGCAGCAGCAAUUCCGACAACUCUUCCUCUGGCCUCAGCACAGCCGCCAAAGCUGGUAUUGGCGCCGGCGUUGGUGUUGCUGUCCUGGCGGCACUUGCUGUUAUUGCCUUUAUUUUGUGGAGAAAGAGACGCAGCACUGGCGCACCACAAACACCAGCGCCGAUUCACUAUAAUGCGGUUGAAAAUCCAGAAAAGCGCAAUUACGUGGAGGCGCCUGGCCACGCUCCUGCUGCUGGCUAUUACGAACCUGCAAUGGAUACAGCGUACAAUCACGAAAACAACAACACAUAUCACAACGCAUACGGUAACGCCUAUAACCAACCGCCACCAAAGCAUCCCCAGGAGCUUGGCUCUGGGCACGACAACUCUGUUGCGGAGCUUCCUGGCAGUGGGCGAUAGACUGUCCUCUGCGGGGUUAAACGCAAACGAUGCGAAGCGCUGGAAAAGCUUUCCUUUAGCUAUCAGAGGAUUAAGCUUACUAUGCGCGACGUAUGAGAACUAGAGGUUCUUAUUUUGUACAAGAAGCAAGGGUUAACUAAAUCACUCUGGGCUGAGCGUACACAGGUGAUUGGGUUGCAUACUUUUAUGGUUUUUUAUGUGAGCGAAAGAAAAGGUAUAAUAUGAAUAUGAAUAAUUUGUAAACCCUGAUGCUUUUUCAACGAUCAACUCUGUUUGCUCAUGUAAAGUUCGGCUUUGUACGCACCUCAGCCUAAACAGCCAUCCAACAACUCAACAAUGGCACUCAUACAAGGACCGCGGAGUAUCGCUCCCAGUUCAGGUCGUCUAAAUGGUGGCUGUUCAACUAUGC